AUGAAAUGGGAGCAAGAAAGAGCAGGCUGGCUAGGUAGGGAAGACAAGCAAGCAAGGGUGAAGAGAGUAGUGGAGUUUGGAGGGGUUGGAAGUCGUGUGUGGAAUGAGAGAGAGGUGGUCGAUGGGGCAGUGUGGUUUUGGAGUUUAGGUAAUGUGAGAGGAGGAGUAAGUGUGGGAUUGAGAGUAAAAAUUGUUCAAAGAAUGAAAUGGGAGCAAGAAAGAGCAGGCUGGCUAGGUAGGGAAGACAAGCAAGCAAGGGUGAAGAGAGUAGUGGAGUUUGGAGGGGUUGGUGAGUGGAGGAAAUUUGGAUGCCAUGUGCUGGUUGAAAGGUUUGUAUUGAAAAGAAUGGAUGGAAGCUUGGUGAUGACUUAUGAUUUCAUGCACACUCAUCAAAUCAAAAUCAAAUGGGAAUGA